AUCUAACUUUCCUCUUCCUUCUCUAAAACCCUAGAAUCCACAAGCUCCAUUAGGGUUUCUUUCACACCUUUUUUUUUUGUUCAAAAUGACUGCUGAUACCGUGAAUCCAAAAGCUUACCCACUUGCAGAUGCUCAACUUACUAUUACUAUUCUUGAUUUGAUUCAACAAGCUUUUAACUACAAGCAGCUUAAAAAGGGUGCUAAUGAAGGUCUGUUCUUGAUGUUUCGUUUUUUGGUUUAUUUGUUCUAUAAAGGUUUUGGGUUUGCUUUGUUGAUGGGUUUGUUUUUGAUUUGUUUUGUUUCAGCAACAAAGACUUUGAACAGGGGUAUUUCAGAGUUUGUAGUCAUGGCGGCUGAUGCUGAACCUCUUGAAAUCCUUCUUCAUCUUCCCCUGUUAGCUGAAGACAAGAAUGUCCCCUAUGUGUUUGUUCCUUCAAAGGAAGCCCUUGGCAGAGCAUGUGGUGUCACAAGGCCUGUCAUUGCUUGUUCAGUGACAAGCAAUGAGGGAAGCCAGUUGAAAACCCAAAUUACUCAACUCAAGGAUGCAAUCGAGAAGCUUCUAAUCUAGAGCUUUAUAUUACAAAAGAACCAAAAAUAUUGCAGGAUUCCCUUUGACGUGAUGGGCCUCUUUGUGUUACAGUACUCCGUUUUCCAGAGGCUUUGAUUGAUGAAGUUGUGUUGUGUUAUUAGUUAAAUUAAGUUUACCCUAGUCAGUAUUAUUAGAGUUUGUUAUCCAUAUUUUCCUUUAAUAUAAAGUUCGAAUGUGGUACAUUGAGAAAGCUUUUGUUGCUGCAUCUGGAUGAUUAAUGGAAUCUGCUUUUAUUUGUUAAAACACUGCCACUGUAUGGUUUAAUUGAUGAUAUAGCCAAUGAGAUUACUUAUGUGUC